UGUGUGUGGUGUUUCGUUAAUCCGCGUCGACCUGGAAACCGCAACUUUGGGAACAUGAUGAUGGUUAGCCAAGCUGGGUUAAGCUAAAAAUCGCUGACAAAAAGAGUGAGGCGUGUUUGCGUUGAUUGUGAUUGUGUGUGAGUGGGAAUUGGAAUCGUAAUAACUUAAACAUUAGAUAACACGUAUGUACGCUCGCUCACUCGCUCCUUGUCUAUGUGAAGCAGCGUAACCGCUUAUCAUUAUUCCAGUGUCAUUACCUGUGCGGGGUUCGUAUUUGGGACUGUAUAUUGAGUUAGUUAGUGUCCAGUGUUGUUUAUUAUUGGGCAGAGGCGAGAAUCAUGUAUCCGUAUUAUGAGCAGGAUUGGAGCGUUUUGCCACCGGAGAACAAUCGCAGAUUCAAUCCUGCCUUCAAUAUGGCCACCAUACGGCAGGCGUUCACAGAGGCCGUCGAAAGAGUUAGAAUGCCAACGCCCACACGACUGCGUGAUCUUAUCCGCCAGAUACGCGCCGCCCGCACCGCAGCCGAGGAGCGGGCCGUGGUUAACAAAGAGUGCGCCUACAUACGCAGCACAUUCCGCGAGGAGGAUUCCGUAUGGCGUUGUCGGAACAUUGCCAAGCUGCUGUACAUACACAUGCUCGGUUAUCCGGCACACUUUGGCCAGCUCGAAUGCCUCAAAUUGACGGCCAGCACGCGUUUUACAGAUAAACGUAUUGGUUACCUGGGUGCCAUGUUGCUGCUGGAUGAGCGCCAGGAUGUCCAUUUGCUGAUCACAAAUUGUUUGAAAAACGAUUUGAACAGCUCGACACAGUUUGUGGUUGGAUUGGCGCUGUGCACUCUGGGCGCCAUUGCAUCGCCAGAGAUGGCCCGUGAUUUGGCCAGCGAGGUUGAGCGCCUCAUGAAAUCGCCCAAUACGUAUAUACGCAAAAAGGCAACACUUUGCGCAUUUCGAGUUAUUCGCCGCGUGCCUGAACUGAUGGAGAUCUUUUUGCCGGCAACGCGUUCGCUGCUCAGCGAGAAAAAUCACGGCAUCCUUAUUACCGGGGUGACGCUCAUUACGGAAAUGUGCGAGAACAGUUCGGAUACGUUGAUGCAUUUCAAAAAGGAUAGCGGAAAUCGAGAGAUCGUGCCGAAUCUGGUGCGCAUUUUAAAGAGCCUUAUCUUGGGCGGCUACUCGCCCGAGCACGAUGUCAGCGGCGUCAGUGAUCCGUUCCUGCAGGUGAAAAUCUUGCGCUUGUUACGCAUUCUCGGCCAUAACGAUCCGGAUGCCUCGGAGGCAAUGAACGAUAUUUUGGCGCAGGUGGCCACCAAUACGGAGACCAGCAAGAAUGUUGGCAACACCAUUCUCUAUGAGACGGUGUUAUCCAUUAUGGAUAUACGUUCGGAGGGCGGCCUGCGCGUCUUGGCUGUGAACAUCCUGGGACGCUUUCUACUCAAUUCGGACAAGAAUAUACGAUAUGUGGCGCUGAAUACGCUGCUGCGAACUGUCCACGCCGAUACGUCGGCGGUGCAGCGGCAUCGCACCACCAUAUUGGAGUGCCUCAAGGAUCCCGAUGUGUCGAUACGGCGGCGAGCAAUGGAGCUGUCAUUUGCGCUGAUCAAUGCACAAAAUAUACGUACAAUGACCAAGGAGCUGCUGCUGUUCCUCGAGAAAGCCGACGCAGAAUUCAAGGCUCAAUGCAGCUCUGGCAUGAUACUGGCCGCCGAGCGCUACUCGCCGAAUUCGCGCUGGCAUCUCGAUACACAGUUGAGCGUUUUGAUUGCGGCCGGCAAUUAUGUGCGCGAUGAUGUGGUCUCCUCCACCAUACAGCUGGUGUCCAGCAGUCCCGUGCCGGAGCAAACGUAUAUCACGAAUCGAUUCUGGGAAUCGCUGCAAGUGGCCAAUCACUGUGAGGACAAGCAACCACUGUUGCAGGUCGCCGUCUGGGCCAUAGGCGAGUACGGCGACCUCUUCAUGUACGGCGUUAAUGAGGAUGAGUUUGAGCGUCCCACGGAGAGCGAUCUGAUCGCUGUGUAUCAUAAGUUUUUAACCUCUGCUCAAGUGUCCACCACAAGCAAGCAAUAUGCGCUCAUCUCCCUGGCCAAGCUGAGUACGCGCCUGCAGCAGUGCGUAGAAGAGAUCCAGGCGUUGAUUACCUCGUUUGGCAGCCAUCUGAAUGUGGAUCUGCAGCAGCGCGGCGUUGAGUUUACGCAACUAUUCGGAACUUACAAGCAUCUGCGUCCGCCACUCCUGGAGAAGAUGCCAGCCAUGCAGAUCAGUCGCAUCAGUUCGCAGAAUGGCGAAAGUGGCGGCUCCUUCGAUGACAACAGUCCGGAUGUCAUGGAGAAUGGCAUCGAGUUAGGCGGCAGUGGUACGCAUCCCUUAAUCGAAAGCAAUAUGAAUACAAUGGGUGACAAUACGAAUAUCCUGUUGGACUUAUUAGGCAGCACAGAUUUGUCGGUGGGUGCCAGCGAUUUGGCCAUGGCCACAGAUCUGUCUAAUGCGGUGCAUAAAAAGAACACACGCAACGCCAACAAUGAUGUCACGUCCAAUGCGACGGUGUCCAAUAAUCAGGAUCUGCUCGAUUUACUCGAUCUGGACAUGUCGGCAGCCUCGACGACAGCCGUCAUGGGCGUUAAUCUAUCAGCUGAUCAUAACAGUGCCGCCAACAUGAACACUAUGCUCGGUGGCCUCGAUCUGAGCGGCUUUGGGGGCUUGAACUCAAUGCAGCCCAGCAGCAUACCAACUAACGGCAAUGAUCUGGCGAGCAUGCUGGGAGGCCUGAACGCUGGCGUUGGUGGUGCGCCAUCAACUGCUGCUGUGCCGCCCAUUGGCGGCGAUGUGAACAGCAGCAGCCUGCUAGGUGAACUAAAUCCGACAACAGUAUCCAACAAUGUGACAGUGCCUCUGCAGCGUGCCAAACUGACGGCCCUGGACAAGAAUGGACUGGUGGUGCAGUUGUUGCCGGUGCCGGGCAGUGACUGUAUGAAGAUUUGCAUUACAACCACAAAUAGCUCAGACAAUACAUUGGAACAGUAUGUGCUACAGGCAGCGGUGCAGAAGAGUUUUAAACUGCAAAUGCUGACGCCGUCUGACUCUGUGCUGCCUCCAGGUGGCGUCAUCACACAGGAAAUGCGGGUUGUGGCCACAUCCAAUGCUGUGCUGCGCAUGCGUCUGCGCAUUCAAUACACGCUGGAUGGUCAGCAGCUGGUAGAACAGACGGAGGUCAGCGGCUUCCCAGAACAGCAACUAUCGAACGAAUAAAUGCGUGUUUUGAAGCAAGCGUAGUAAGCGUUGCCUAAAGUCUAAAGACAUCUACUCCUGCACACACACUCCCAUACACACACACACAGACACACACACCCAGGCAGACAUACAAACACACGGAGCACAUCUAAAAACAGUGGUUGGCACACACGCAUAUAUUGUAAAAUAAGUUAACAUACACACACACACACACAUACAGACAUUCACUCAUACAGAAGGACGCCAGAAGAGCGAGUGUGCCGUGAAUGAAGAAUUGGGCAACAGCAGCAUCGCAUAGCGUUGCCAGACUGUCGUGGCGUCUGGUAGACGUGUGUGCUCGUAACCAGUUGCUAUAAAAAUACACAAAGCAUAAUUUAUAAUUUAUAUAGUAUAUAUAUGUGUACCUAAUUCCCCGAUGAUUUUUCUGUCAAAACAUCUUUGAUUAGUGUCCGCGUGCGUGUAUACAAUUGAUUACUAUUAUUAUUAAUAAUUUUAUUAUUAUUCUUACGACUAUUUGCCUUUUUGUGCGUGUAAUAGUUUUUAUGUAAAAGACAACAUUCAGUUUUAAUGUAAGACAAUAAAGUCAUUUAAAAGCGUCAAGCUACAUUACAUAGCCACUACUCUAAAUUGUAAAAUUGCAACAAUUAACAAUAACAGCGAAUGUAUUUUAUUGUACUUUAACUGACAAACAAAAAAAAAACUCAAACACGCAACUGAAAUGUGACAAAUUGUGUAUAGCAAAAAGCGCAGCGCAUUUAUUCAAGCUUAGCAUUUCCGGAUUGAAAGCAGCAGUUUAUCGAUAUGUCAAUCGAUCGUUACACUUACGUUCGUAUAUCGAUUAAGAUUGCAGAUAGAGUGCAUAGUUAUUAUUAUAUAAAUGAAACUUAAUUUGUU